AUGCUCUACUCCACCAUCUUCUUCGCCGCCUCGGCCUUCACUGGCCUUGCUGCUGCUCAGGUCCAGUCUGGCAACUACACCAUUGACCCCAACUCUGUCGAUUCCACCACCAGAUCCAGCUGGUGCCGUGCCGAGUUCAACACCUGCAAUGUUCUUUGCGGCAGCGGUGGUUUUAAGACCAACUCUUGCGACGCGAACUCUCUCACAUACAGCUGCGUUUGCAACAACGGUCUUACUCCCAACAUGUCUCAGUACGAAAGCUCUCUUCCCGACUACGAAUGCCAGACAUACAGGGGUCAGUGCCUUGCAAACAACGCCGGCAACAGCACCGCCCAGGACCAGUGCAAGCAGAUCACUUGCGCCAGCAUGACUGCCUCCAACCUCGUCACUUCGUCUACCAUGGCCUCGAGCUCGAGCUCUGCUGCAUCCAGCGCUUCCAGCACCGCUGCUAGCGCUACUUCCGCUGUGGCUAGUGGCUCCCAGACCGCAGCCUCCAGCGCCGCCAGCGCUACCCACACUGGUGCUGCCAACGCUCUUACCAUCGGCAACGGUGCUCUUAUUGGCUCCUUGUUCGGUGUCUUCGCCUACGCUCUUUAA